GCUUCACAUCCGCAUCGAUCCCCAGGUGGCGCGGUCAGGGUUAGCUGUCUCGUAAUACAAUGAAAAGUUGCUGGCGAUUGAAGUUAUGAACAUCAGUUUGAUAUAUUUAAGGUAAUGAAACAAAAAGUAGCAUAUGUGUUUGCCUCUUUUUGCUUGAAUACACAAAGUUUUCCUCAAACUUCCUUUGUUCUCGCCGACCCCACGCUGGCUCCUGAGCGCGCCUCUGCCGCGGGCCGGCUGCGCGGCGGCGGCGGCGUCGCCUUUCUCGUCCGUGAGUGGUGAGCGGGAGCGUGCGUCCACCAACCAGCCGCCGAGCAGCGCCCAGCCGAGCUGUCCAUUCAGGAGUGAGGAUUUCGGCGGCCACACCAAUCGGAGCUGCAUUGCCGCCUUCCUGACUGGAGCACGGGAGGAACUCCUGAAGCCUUGCCGACCGGGCGAAGAGCCUGCUGAGACCCGACUGUUCCCCACCGACCGCACCUGCACACACACCGACCCCCUACCAUGGACGGGGACGGCGCGGAUUUCAUCGGCGACAGCAAGACCUACAUGCUGGAGGACUCCGGCGACCCUGACAGCGGGGACGGAGGCUCCGGUGGUAACAAAUCGGGAGAGCCCAGCAACAUUCUGCGCGAGCAGGACCGGUUUCUGCCGAUCGCAAACGUGGCGCGCAUCAUGAAACGCGGCAUCCCGCCGAACGGAAAGAUCGCCAAGGAGUCCCGGGAGUGUAUGCAGGAGUGUGUCUCGGAGUUUGUGAGUUUUGUCACGAGCGAGGCCAGCGACCGGUGUCACCAGGAGAAGCGGAAAACCAUCAACGGCGAGGACCUGCUGUUCGCCAUGUCCGUGCUCGGCUUCGACAACUACGUCGAACCGCUGAAGCUCUUCCUGCAGAAAUACAGAGAGUCUAUAAAAGGCGACAAGAUGCCAGACCAGUUUGAUGAAAUUGAAGAACCCCAGUUCGGCACCAACACCCUGGAGCCACUCAGCGAGGGUUCAGCAGGCGGAGCGACAGGCGGGAUGAUAUACACCGCGUACGGGAAUCAACAGUUCUAGAGCCGCCGACAGCGCCACCUGUCCACUGCAAUCGCAGCUGUGCUUCUGCCAGCCGCCGCCAGGGUGUGCUGCUUGCCGGUGUGGCCGGCACGGAGACGAACGGACCGAACGAACUAUGGUGCGCCGCGUGGUGGGUGCUGUGUCCAUUGAAAGGUACCUGCGUUGCUUGUUUGUGAGACUCUCGUGAAGGGUUAGUUUGGCUUUAAAAGCCCGAGUCAGAGCCUGGACAGAUUGGUGAGUGGACCGGCCAGCGGGCGACGAGAGCUGAGGACGGUGCAAAGCCGGCAGGACGUUUUUAGCUUAGUGUUUCCGCACACGCAUCGCGUUGUUGAUGUGCUAGCAUGCCAUUGUUACCAUCCAGGAGGCGGUUUAUUACCAAGUGAUAUUCGGGCGAAAUUUUGAGUUCUCAAAGGCGAGGAACUCGUUUUAUGAUGAAAGAAACGGUCUUCGGUGCUACUCGUAUUUUCUUGCAAUGCAUACCUAUCAAACAUUCGUUGAAACCAAUUCAGAAAAGCGGAGCCCGUCAUGCUUGUAUGAUUGCGUUCUGGAAGGGACAUGUAUCUUCCAUCGGAACCUGUUAAUACCUCUGUACAUAUGUGAAUCGUUCUUGUUGGUUGUGUGAAUAAUUGUAUUAUUAUGUCACAUGUGGACACAGGUUUGAGAAUGUCGACGAAAACAAUUUGGUAAAUAUUUGACCGUGUUUCAGCGA